GACUUUCAUUCUACAAACCAAGCGCCAAGAAAUUGUUGCAGAUGCAGAUUGUUGUGUACCUCCAACUGUCGUUUAAUGAAUAUUUUGAAGCACAUGAACUAAUUCAUUAUUUUUUUUAGUUUAUAAUAAAGUGUUUCAAGUCUGUGGUAUAAUUCAAACUGCACAACAAAUAGUAUUUCUGUUGAAAUUAUUGAAACAUUCUUACAUGAUUAUGUAUUUUGUCGAAGUUGGAGCGAAGUUUUCGUAAGCAUACUUGAUUCGUUGCACCGAUAUUUUAUCAGAGUAAUUUUAUAAUCAACUAUAUUAUCAGAAGCCGAAGAUGCCGGCGAUUAAAGAAGAUCGAGAGGACAGUGAUGUUGAUGAGAUGGAUCAUGAGUCUGGUGAGUCUGACAAGUCCAGCUCAUCAUGUGACAGCAGCGACCCAGCUUCCGACUCUGACGACAGUUCCGAAAUGGACACUGAGGAGUGCGAAAAACGGAGAAAUGCAUGCAUCGAUCAAAUGGCUGAUCUGGAAAGGCAAUUCACGUUAGUUCGUGAGCAGUUGUACAGAGAACGCAUGUCUCAGGUGGAAAUAAAACUUGGUGAAGUGAAAGUUGGUAAAGCCCAGGAAUAUCUGCAACCUCUUGAGGAGCUUCAGGAAAAUAUGCGCAUCCGAAUUGAGGUAGCUGGCAUUCUCAGGAAGUACAAACUCACUAACAUCACAAAUAGUUUCGAAGCGGAAGAGUUAGCUGCUAAACAAAAUUUCGAGAGUGAAAAAUGCCUACUGUGGGACAUGAUCAAAGAAGAGCUGGAGGAGAAAAUCAGACGACUGGAAGAAGACCGCAACAGCGUGGACAUCAGUGCCGAUUUGUGGAUGUGCGAACGCAGCCUGAACGGCGGCAGCGGACGGGGCGGCUCCAAUUGGCGGCGGGGCGGCAAGGAUGUCCACACCAGGCGGAAACCUGUCACUGUGUCCGGGCCCUACAUCAUUUACAUGCUUAACGACACUGACCUGCUCCAAGACUGGACCACUAUCAAGAAGGCAUUGUCCAGCUGUAAACGAAAAUCCGAGUUACUUUGACAAACAUCUACCAGCCUAACUUAUGGAACUAAGCAACGUUGCUAGGAUUCAAACAAACAUUUUUCUAUAUUGUGUGUUGAAAAACACUUGUGAUUGCGAGCUUGGCUGCAAGUAGCGAUAAGGAAGUGCCAUCUUCUGUAUUAAAAUAGAGUCAAAGCCAAGAAUAAACUGUUGAAACUAAAAUAUUCCACUGAAAAUGAUGAAAACCCGAUUUGAAUUCUCUUCCAAAUGGAUCUUGUAUUGUGUGAAAUUGAAGGUGCUAUUCUUGUACUAUGCUUCUGUAUUCAAUAUCAUUUCCUGUAUUACUUUUAAUGCGGUGAAUCAAACUGUUUUUAUCUGUUAACGUUCGUAGUUCAUAAGACAGCUUAGAACCUGAUGACACUUCGUGUACCUUCUUUUACUUGAUUUAUUAUUUUACUGAAUAUAUAUUUCUUUUUAUGUCGUAUUACUUUAGUCACAACAGUGGAUUUCACAGUUCUGCACAUCGAACUUUCCAAUUUAUGUUAAUUUUAUCUCCAUUCGAAAUUUAUUAAGAUCUCAAUGAGCUCAGUCUUAUUUUAAACCUAGAUUUCUUUCGAAUACCUAUCGAUCUUAUAGUCAUCAUUGUAAUCCUGUUGUAUACAACCAGUGAACAAGACUGCUGCCCUAUUUCAACUCAGGUUUUAUGCAAUAAUUGGCUUGCAUCUACAUUAAGUAAAAAUUGUGUAUUCUAAUUAAGUAAAACUAUGUAAAAAUGUACAAAUAGUAUAAGUGACGAUAUUAGAGUAAGUUUUGUAUAUUUUGAUAAUAAUAGGCUAUAUGAGUGUGUGUGUUGUGGAUAGAUCUAUUAUGCUACUAUCAAUUGUUUAUUACUUCAACUUGAUUCUUAAUUUCAUCUACCGUAUUAUUUAUGAUUGUUCUUUCAUUAUGGACACAAAGGCUGAUAAAGUAACUUCAUAAAUUACCUGGAGAAGUAAUUUAAAUUAGGUAUUGAAAUACCUGAUGAAGUAACUUCAUAAAUUACCUGGAGAGUGCUUCUAAACAGUGACGACACACGGAAGUAUGAUGAGAUCCAUCCAACAAUUGAUUUAUUGUGAUGACUUUCUCAUAUUGCAAUCAUAUUAGUCAUCCAUCUUUCCUUUUACAGAUAAUGAAUAUAUUGUGUUGCAUAUUGAUGAAUAUCCUACAAACAAUUUAAGAAUAACUUAGAGCUACAAAAAAUUAAUUGAAUACGUUAGGAGUGAACCAUUUUUAUUGUAAUUUUUCCGUUUUUACCGUAGUUUAAUGUCUAACAAUAAUUUUAAAUCUCAUUUCUUGAUUGUAUAAAGCUUUCAUUUGUAUUUUCCAUUUCUAUCCUUGAUUAUUCCUUUUUUUAAAUGUUGCUUCAUAACCAUAUAAAAUGUUUGUUUUGUCAUUUCAAUUAGUGUACUUCUUACUUGUCUUACAUUAUUGAUAAAAGUUCUAGCUCCUUUAUCAGAUCAUAGUUUGGUUUCUCAACCAAUAUUAUAAUUCCUCUUGAAAAACUUACUUCUAUCUUAUUUGCUCUUUCCUAUUAUUUUGAUGUGUAGGCUUCUAUUGAAAAUCAAGGCUGAAGCUUGACGAAUUUCAAAAUUUUCCAUUCCUUGAUAAAUAGUUUAAAAGUUCCUAUUUUUAAUUUUUCUGUUUAUUGCUUAAUUUUGAUUCCCAAUGUCACCUAUUUGUUAUUGGUUGAUAUUUAUAAACUUUGUUGCUGUAAAGCAUAAAAUAUCAUUUAUCUACAUAUAUUAUAUUCCUAUCUGUAUUAUUUUUUGUUAUCGUUUUUUUUUAAAUAUCAAUCAAUAUCCGUUUUAUGUUUGUAAAGAGAAUUCAUUUUGAAUUUUUCUAGUACACAAUCGAGAAGUGAGAUAGUUUAUAUAGUUUAAAGCCCACCGACUUUUUUCUAAUCAAUUCUAAAUACUUUUUUCAAUUCCAUCGAAUAUAUUUCUAGUUACUCUGAACUUUUGGUAAAGCUACUAAAUUGUUUUAAUUGAAGCUUAUUUCCGUCAAUGUCUCUAGAUUUGAUGUAGCAUUAUUAUAAUUUUCCAUUAUCGAUCCUGUACAAAAUUGACAUUAAAUGUGUGUGCGUGUGUGUUUGUA